UCACUUUAUUCCCCCACAGCACAGAGCUGCGACUCUCUCUGUCUCUCUCCCUCUCUCUCUUUCUACCACACACUGGGACUGACUUUAUUUUAAGGGUGUGAGUGUGUGUGGUGUGUGCAUAUAUGUGUGUGUGUGGGCGGGGAUUCAGGAGGCGUGCGAGACUCCAGACUCUUCUCCAGUCCAGCAAAGCUAAGGCGAGCCAGCCAGGAGUAGGGAGCAAGAACGAGGGAGAGAGAGAGAGAAAGAGAGAGAGAGAAAGCGUGCAUGCGCGGGGAGCACUGGCGCGAGUGCAAGUGUGUGUGAGAGUGUGUAUGGGUCGCUCUCUCCCUCACACACUCUUCACUCUUCACUCAUCACACUUCUCGGGAAUCUAAAGGCUUUCCAGUUUGUCGAGUUUUUGCGCUCAUCUUCAGCUCCUCCGGAAUUGUCCUGUAGGGAUGUUAGAGACUUUUCCGGAUUUAGAGGCGUCACUCCCUCUGUAGUCAGCAUGUUCCCGUAUUUAUUUUUAUCUCUUUACGAAGCAGUCGUCCUGUAGGGAUCUUAGUUUUUGACCGGUUCAUCUACCUUCCGGUACCUCUCCAGCAGGCGCUCGUCCGGGAAGGAUCUUACAGCUUUCAAGACUUUCCAAGUCGUCUCCCUUCUCCAGCGAUUCUCCAACAACAAGGAUUUGACGGCAUUUUCCCUCCCGUCCACCGUCCAGACUGUCUUUUUUCUUCUUUCCUCCUCCUAUUUCCAUUUCCUCCUGUUGUCGUGCAAGAAGGAACUUACUUAAGAGUUAUUCCUCAAGUCAUCUGCGUCCCUUCCACGUACCUGGACUCUAGUCUCUAGAUCAUCCUCUAAAUCCCCCUGCCCCCUCAUCCAGCAGCCAAAAUUUCGGCCCCCGGCAGACCCACCCUGGCCGCCCAGCCGCUGCCGCGCCUCAGCCUGGGCAGGAAGACCCUGGUGGCAGCCGCCGUCGGGGUCAUGCUGGUCCUGGUGCUGGUGGUGCUUAUCCCCGUCCUGGUCAGCUCGGUGGGCGCUGACGGCAGCAGCAGCGGCCACUACGAGAUGCUGGGCACUUGCCGUAUGGUGUGCGACCCCUACCUGAGCAAAGGGGGUGCCGCCGUGGCCACGGGGACCGCCAGCACCGGCUCCUCUUCCUCCGCUCAGGCCGAGGCCGAGGCGCUGGCAGCCGACCACAGCAGCACCAACCUGCUUCCGCCCUCCACGCUCGUCCAGGGGCCGCAGGGGAAGCCGGGCCGGCCGGGCAAACCGGGACCUCCUGGACCUCCCGGAGAGCCAGGCCCCCCGGGUCCGAUGGGGCCCCCGGGGGACCGAGGGGACCGGGGCCGGAGCGUCGCGGGCUCAGGAAGCAACGGAGCUAUCAGCACGGUCACUUACAACACGCAGCCGAGGGUAGCCUUCUACGCCGGACUGAAGAAUCCGCACGAGGGCUACGAGAUCCUUAAGUUCGACGACGUGGUGACCAACCUGGGCAGCAACUACGACGGAGUGUCCGGGAAGUUCAUCUGCGGCGUGCCGGGCACGUACUUCUUCAUCUACCACGUCCUGAUGAGGGGCGGCGACGGCACCAGCAUGUGGGCUGACCUGUGCAAGAACGGACAGGUGAGAGCGAGUGCCAUAGCCCAGGACGCUGACCAAAACUACGACUACGCUUCCAACAGUGUGAUCCUUCACCUGGAUGCAGGAGAUGAAGUCUACAUCAAACUGGACGGAGGCAAAGCCCACGGCGGCAACAACAACAAAUACAGCACUUUCUCGGGCUUCAUCCUCUAUGCCGACUGAACUGCAGAAAAAGCGAGGGAAGAAAGAGGGCAGACGAAGAGUUUGAGAGACAGAAUGGCAGGAAGAAGAAAAGGUGGAAGGAACCUUUACCAUCCAAUUGCUUUAUUUUCACAGGAUCUCUUCAUUGCUUCAACCAUCGUUUCGCUCAAAGUGCAGUUUCUACAGCAGACUGGACUGAGAAGCUCUGGUCGGACUGAGGGUGUUACUUCUUCUCUUUUCCUCGAAUCAAUAACCUUACUGAACCAAAAAAAAAAUAAAGGAAGGAACAUGAAAACUUAUUCGUCUUUCGUCGUGAAAACAAAAAGAGAAUAUGGCUUUUUCUUUCUCGUUCCAAGACUCCUGGAGUGACUUUGAUUGGCAGAGAUCCUUUUCCUCGUUGUCGUUUCUUCGUGCUUCUCCCUAGCAUAUCUCACUUUGCUUCCACGAAUAUCAAAUAUCUAUCUAUGAAAAGCAAGAAUGUUCCAACAUAUCUGUCCCUCAUGGAUCUAAAAAAAAAAAAAGGAAUAUUUUUCGAAGGCUUGCUUUUGUUCACUGAGGGAUCAGUUGAAAUUGAGUUUAGCUCUAGUUAAAAUCAUAUUUCCGAUGACUAAAAAAUGCUUGUGCCCAUGAAAAUGCUUGUGUCAUACGUAGCUUUUCUAUUUGUUCUUGAAAUUUCCCAUUCCUGAAGAACUUAAAGAACUACCUGUGGGUUGAACCGGGUCAUCGAAUUUCCCUUUUGCGUUCUUUCGCCGCGUGUUGUGCUCUGUCUGUAUCACAGUAGCAGAUGUACCUUUUCGUCUUUUCAGAUAAAAGUCACGGUUUCAAAAAGGCCAUUUCCUUUUGUUUAGCUAAUGCUUCUACAUCCUUUUCAGCACGGUAAUCACCCAGCAUACCACCUCCUGACCCCUACCUCAAAUGUGUAAUGUCCUGUUUUGAUACACAACGCACACUACACUCACAAGGUGGCCAUUUUUUUUUUGCUUAUUACAUCAUACUCUCAGAGUGAGAACAGGGUAAUAUUCAUUAACAUGAAUGGAAAACUGAGGAAUAGUUUACUUUUGAGAAGUUUUGAGAGCAUCAGAAACAGCAAAAUACUGUAGGUUUCCCAAAAAACGUGAAACGUGACACGAAAAUCUAUGACAGAGCUGAACUGAUGGUUAUAUCCAGAGUUUUGUUGAGUAAGAUAAAUAAGUUAUCUACUUUUAACUCUUCCUGUUGAAACCAAGGCUACAUUCACACAGAAGGUAAAUGUGGCCCAAAUCUGAUCUUUUUUGUCAUAUGUGAACACAAUAUAUAUAUUUUUUGUGGCAUUGAAAUCUAAAACUUCUUGCCAUAUCUUACAUAUAUCACUGCACAAGGCUUAUCAUGAUGCUCAUUGCUAUCUUACACCCCACCAACAGUCUAUUCUCACGCCUUCUGCCUGCAUCGUUGCUCUUGUGAAUAUAUCUACGCUAAUGGGCGUGGUGGUCUCAAAGUGAGGUUAAACAGGAAACCAAAACUUCAUGUGAAGCAAUGUCCUAUUGUGUAUCAGUUACACAGUAAUUGCGUAACCUUAGUCUGAACAGCCAGAUUAGAAUUAAAAGUGAACUUCACAUCAAGAGGUUCACUGAAAAAGACAAAAAAAUUAAACAACCUACAGAAUCAAUAUUUAAAAUGCUGUCUCUUUUGGUUAGGUUAGAAGCCAUACAUCAGAGGAACUUCAACUUUGAAGAUCUUUUUAAAGAAAUGGCUCAAUGUGGCCACAGAAGGUCAUGAGUGAAGUGUCAAAGGACAAUAAAAAGCUUUUAAAAAAUUAAAUUAAAGAAACCAAGCUCAGUUAUGCACCCCUUUUACAGCAACCUUGCACACAUUAUCGCUUAUAAGCCUAGCUGUCAGUAACCGGAGCUCUUUACUAGCUUCUGUGAUGCUAGCGAAAUGAAACUGAAACUAAAUGUGAAGCAGUUCUUUUUCGCACAUACUUUUCAGUUUAGCAAUCUAAACUAUUCAGAAAAUUUAAGAUAUUCUGGAGGUUAUAUUAAAAAGAAAAAUGUGAAAAGUCUAAAAUAACAAUGGGAUUUGUUGAGAACAUUCCUCGGAUUUGGGUUAAUUUACCUGCAGUUUGAACGUAGCCAAACAGAGCUUAGACCAGCAUUGUGCUUUUUUUAGCUGACUUCAGCUCAUUUAUUAUAUUGACUGUGUGGUGCUAGUUUAUCAGCUUAGCCAGCAAGGUGAUGCCAGCUGACGAACACAACAUAUGCUAACAUAUUAUAAUGAUGGCAACCAGCAUACCAGCAUCCAUAGCUGCACAAAAUACAGUAUGCUGGGUUUUCUAGUGGCCAGUGCUGUUUUUUGUAGCAGUGGUGUUUGAAGAAGUUGCAGUGUCAGCUAGAUACCAAUAGAGUCAAUAAUGUUGCUAAUGUGGGACUUAUAUGGGUGGAAUGUGGGCUAGGUGGGUUCCAGGUGGGCAUGGGCUCUAAGUGGAGUGGUACUUAGGUUCCCAAAUGGGCUCCAUCAUUACAGCCCGCCUUAAACCACAUUAUGAUGGGUUGGCUUUCCAUGCCCGUCACUGACAUCCAUAUGGGAGGCCAUAUUGGAACCCAUAGUUCCAACCAUCCUGCUUUCCAUGUCAAGAGACACAACUCGAUUUAUUAUUGCAAAUAUUAAUAUAAAUAUGGAGAAACAUCACUUUUUUUUAGACUGCAGAAGGUUUAAACAGAGUUACUAAGGUUAGCUAGAUAGCUAGUAUUAAGGUUAUCGACAGCUAGCAUUGGUAAGUUGGUGUUUGAGUUGGUGUCAGUAAGAUUCCUGAAACUCCUGGAAAUGUUGGAUAUUCAGUAGCGAAUUUAUUUGAACUUUCAACUCUAAGCGUGACAUAAGGAGCAAAAUUGCUAGUGUGGAGAUAUGAUUAUUGAUGACCAAUAGGUGAUCAAGAAUACAGCUUAAGAGUUAAGAAAGGCCUUGUGCGAUACAAUGGUGUCCUUACAGUUGAAUAGUCAGUUAAGAGUUAUUUAAUCUUAACUAUUCAAUUAAAAAGUUAUAGGAUAUAGGAACUCUCCGGUCCAUACAGGGUACCACACAUACAUUUCAAAAAUCGCCCUCAUUUGACCAUGACCAUGCUUAUUUCAGAAGAUUAAUUUCCCAUUUACAGCAACUAUAUGAACUAUUUUUUCAAGCUAUCUUAGACAAUAGAAUGCCCAAACGAACCCGUACAUCGUUUAUUUAAAUGUUAGCAUGUUUGUAGCUCAUUCUGAGUAGCCAAAUCAUUCUGUUAAGCACAGCAGGUCAACAUAAAGUUCUGAAAUGGUUAAGUACAGUACAGUACACUCAAGGCAGGUUAAAAAACAAACAAACAAAAAAGAAAUCAUUAGAAGUAUAUUAGCUAGCUAAUUAAAAAUUCCCUUUCCACCUUAAAUCAUGCAGCAGUUACAUUCUCUCACCUGAGGCUGCUGCGAAAUUUAAGGUGGAAUGUUAUUUUUUGAACCAAAAACUAGCAACAAGCUAACCACUGUAAGCUAGAACACAGCUAGCUAACCACAGUAAGCUAACCACAGUAAGCUAACCACAACAAGCUGACCACAAAGAGCUAACCACAGCAAGCUAACCACAGCUAGCUAACCACAGCAAGCUAACCACAACAAACUAACCACAGCUAGCUAACCACAGCAAGCUAACCACAACAACUUAACCACAGAAAUCCAAUGACAGCAAGAAAAUUGCAACAAUUUAACCACAGAAAGCUAAUGACAGUAAGUAAACCGCAACAAGCUAACUAUGCACGCAAAAAUGGCAAGCUAACUGCAAUGAGCUAACCACAGUUAGCUAACAACAGCAAAGUAACUGCAAUGACAUAACCCCAGCUAGCAAACGACAGCUAGCUAACAACAGCAAGCUAACCACAACAAUUUUACCACAGAAAGCAAACUGCAACAAGCUAAUGACAGCAAGCUAACCACAGCUAGCUAUCCACAGCUAGCUACCCACAAUGAGCUAACCACAACAAACUAAUUAUAAAAAGCUAACCACAACAAGCUAACCACAAUGACCUAACCACAGUAAGCUAAUCACAGCAACCUAAUGACAGCAACCUAACAAUAACAAGUUAACCACAACAAACUAAACUAACCACAGCCAGCUAACUACAGCAAGCUAACCGCAAUGAGCUAACCACAGCUAGCUAAGCAUAGCUAGCUAACCACAGCAAGCUAAAAACAGCAAGUUAACCACAGCUAAGCUCACCAGUCACUGUUAACUCACCUGAAACGUGUGUAUUUCUGAUGUUGAUGCUGCUGAAUUUGACUCCUCUUGGAAAACAUUCUUAUAUUCUUAGCUAGCUAGUUUUAGGUUAGCUCACUGAGGUGACAGACUGAAUGCCACAAAACACAACUCUCAUGACAGGAGAGACCAAUAGUUUCUAGAUCAUUUCCAGAUAAUUUCCAAAAACGUUUAGAGCAAUGAUUUUGUCUCUCCUCCCAGAGACAAUGAGGGGAAAUGAAGUAUUAUUUUAAUUAAUUAUGAUUUAAAAAAGAUUUAAUGCUUUAAAAAAACAUCUGCCCUUAUGAUAAACAUCAAACAACAUUCAUCUUCUGCAAUGGCUCUAUCCGUGCUUAAAGGAGAAAUCUGCUGUAAAAUGGACUUGGGGUGCAGUGAAACAUGAUAACGAGCAUAACAUUGCCUGUGCAAAGAAUUAGCUAUUUUUUACACCAUUAACAAGCUUAAAGUAGCUCCACACUUCAUUUGUAGAAUUCGGAGAACCCUGAUAUUUAAAAUGAAGCACUGAGAAAUUUAAAAGUGCACAUAUAGGUAAAUAAAUAUAUAUUUAUCCAUCUAUAUAUAUAAUAAAUAAUAAUAAUAAUAAUAAUAAUAAUAAUAAUAAUAAUAAUAAUAAUAAUAAUAAUAAUAAAUAAAAAGUUGAAAUGCAUGAAUAUUAUAGAGAUAUUUUUUAGCAACAGAUAAAAUUCAUGCAUCUGUUUGGCAAUUUCAAGAUGGCAGCCUGCCAGGAUCAUCAGCUAAAAGUGCUGUAUUUAGGAAUGCUAGGAGCGAACAAAAGUGAGGUUUUCGAGAAAAAAAAAAAAAGUUGGGCUCAUUAUCAUGUUUCUCUACACCCCAAGUCCAUUUCACACCAGAUUUUUCCUUUAAUCUUCCAUGUUAGAGAAGCUCACUCAUUAUUAUUAUUAUUAUUAUUAUUAUUUAUUAUUUUUUUAAUUUUGCCUAUUGUUUCAAUGCUGCUGGAGAUCCACUGAGCCUUCACAGAAGUGUGUCCACACCUCUAGCCUUCUCUUGACCACUGACAACAGUGCAGAGAGAAAGCAGUGGGCCAGAGCGAAAAAGAGAGAGAGAGAGAGAAAAGAGAGAGAAAGAGAGAACGAGAGAGAGAGAUAGAGAGACACAGACAAAUAGCCCAUGGUCAAGCUUUUCCUGUGGCUUCCCCUCAGUGGUCACCUCCACACACUCACUAACUACUGCAACAAUGUGAAGAGCUGACACUGACGUGAUACGACAGGGUGACAGCAUGCAGGCGAAUGAAGUUUAUCUGUUCAAAUUGUGUAUGAGUGUGUGGGAGUGUGUGUUUGUGUGUGUGUGUAUGUGCGUCCAUGCAAACACAUGUACUGUAAUUCCUCCCUGCCACAUUAUAUCCGUUCCAUAAAUAUAGCCACUAAAACUUCAGCCAAUAGAAGAGGCUCUAAUCAGCCAGAUGGGAGGACGGGAAGAGAUGUGCAGCCGUUUCAGAGAAGACGCGAGAACAAUAAAGCUGUAAAAAUCGUAAAAAAGGAAAAUCUAUGCUUAUGUUUGUCAGUCCUGAUUUAUCUUUUGGAAAUGUUAAAUAAAUUUAAUUAAUAAAUGAAA